CCGCUGGAACUGCAGGGCUCGCGGGGCCGGGGGCGGCGCGCAGUGAUGAUGGUAUCAGCGUCACCGCGGCGACACCCGGAAGUCGCUGCAGCAGGCGGCUGUGCUCUCAGGGAUGGCCCAACUAGGUGCGAUAGCGGCACUGUCUGUUAGUUUUCUGGCUGCAGCUCUCUUCUCUGCAGUACACAAAAUUGAAGAAGGACAUAUUGGUGUUUAUUAUAGAGGUGGCGCAUUGCUGACUUCCACCAGUGGACCUGGCUUCCACCUUAUGCUCCCCUUUAUAACCUCCUACAAAUCAGUGCAGACUACAUUGCAGACAGAUGAGGUGAAAAAUGUUCCUUGUGGUACCAGUGGGGGAGUGAUGAUUUAUUUUGACAGGAUCGAAGUGGUGAAUUUCCUGAUCCAAGGUGCUGUGUAUGACAUAGUGAAGAACUACACAGCAGACUAUGAUAAAGCACUCAUCUUCAACAAGAUUCACCAUGAGCUGAACCAGUUCUGCAGUGUUCACACUCUUCAGGAGGUCUACAUUGAGCUGUUUGAUCAGAUUGAUGAAAACCUUAAACUGGCUUUGCAGCAGGACCUGACCACCAUGGCCCCUGGACUCAUUAUACAGGCAGUCCGCGUUACGAAGCCAAACAUUCCAGAAACAAUUCGGAGGAAUUAUGAACUCAUGGAGAGCGAGAAGACGAAGCUGCUGAUUGCGGCUCAGAAGCAGAAGGUCGUGGAGAAGGAAGCAGAGACGGAGAGGAAGAAGGCCCUGAUUGAGGCAGAAAAAAUUGCCCAAGUGGCUGAAAUAACAUACGGACAGAAGGUGAUGGAAAAGGAAACGGAGAAGAAAAUUUCAGAGAUUGAAGAUGGUGCAUUCCUUGCUAGGGAGAAGGCAAAAGCUGACGCUGAAUGCUACACUGCCAUGAAGAUAGCAGAAGCUAACAAGCUAAAAUUAACUCCUGAGUACUUGCAGCUGAUGAAAUACAAAGCUAUUGCAUCAAACAGCAAAAUCUAUUUUGGCAAAGAUAUUCCCAACAUGUUCAUGGACCACACGGGGAGCAAGCCUGCAGAGGGACUGGUGGAAGAGAUGAGAGGAGAGAAUUGGGCUCCUGCCGCUGAGGAUGUGUGAAACCAGUUUAUAAUGCCUAAUGACCUUGUAAAAUUUCUAUUUAUUUUUUAACAAAUGAAACAAACCGAGAAGUUGGUUUCCCCUUUUGAUUUUUUUCACUGUUCUGUGCUGAAGCAGAUGAGCCAGACUUAACCCUCUCAAUCUUUUGUCUAGAAAUCAGGUUAGACACAAAUACUUUGAUAUUCACAGGCCAUUUUUUGGUUACUUCUCAACAGCCAGGUUCAGCUCUGCACCGUAUCUUGACUCCUCCCUUUUGGAGGCCUGGUUAUUCUGGAGCGAGGGAGAAUCCUGCAAAUUUCCAGCAGGAUGAUUUGUUUUGUGGCUAGGUUGAUUAAAUGAAAGUUUAAGUUCUGCGUGAGCAUUUAUAGCAAUGGUAAUAGGAGAGGUAAUGCCCUUCUUUGCUGCUGGAAGCUGUCGUUUCUUUUGCUGGAGAUUUGCAUUACAUUUUUUUUGAGCCCUGUGAAAGAGACACAGGUGCUAGGAUUUUUGUACACUACAUAUCCCAGCUUAAGCAAGGCAGCACCGAUGUGAUGGCAGAGCUUGUUAAUUUCCCAUGUCCUGAGAUCAGUGUUUUCGCAUUGUCCAUAUUUUGUAGAGAGAUGAGGAGGUUCUAAAUUCUCUAAUUCUCUUUCUAGAAAAUCAUCUGUAGAAGUGGUGCUACUAGGUCAGGGUUGAGGUGCUCUGGUGGGGACAAUGUGAGCGUACCCUGUUCCUGUUCUCUGGCUAAAUGGGACAUCAGUUUCCCAGGAUGCCAACAAUACGGUACCUUUCACCAACAGCAAAUUGACUUUUAGGAAAAGUAGCUUACAAAAACAAUGAAUCACUCAGAUCCCCAAUUUGCAAACACUUUUGCAGGUGAGUAACUGUGCUCAAGUGAAUGGUCUCAAUGACUUAUCAUUUCCAUAAGUGUUUGUAGGAUUGGGGCCUACAUUUGAAAUAGGCCAGCAUGGUUCAGUGGCUGCCAUACAUUAUCAGGAAGAGAAUGUUCAGACAAGUUGAAGCGAAUGGCUAAUUUAGACCUUGUGUAGGCAUUUUGAUUCAUGUUUAGCAGGGGCAUACAAAACACAGCAUUGUAUAGUCGUAGGGAGAGACAGGUGCCGUCUUUAGACAAUUCAGAGAGAACAAUUUCUCCUUCUCUCCCUCCAGAAUGAUGCUGUAAUACAUGUGGUCCAUUAAAGUGUGAUUUGAUUUGUUUUUAAAUCUUCAGGUAUGCAGCUGGGAAGAGUCCAUAGAUUGUUUUAUGAUGUAUUUUAUAUAUAUAUUUUUAUAUAUAUAAUGCAAAAUCAACUGGGGGAAAAUAAAGGGCUUAGCAUAAUUCAGGGCAGGAGAGACCAUCUGUUCCCCCCAGGCCAUCUCCUCCUACUUGGCAGGAAAGCCUGUUUAUUAAUCACUGUUUUAUUUUGCAACCUUCCACAGAUACAUGGUGGCUCCAGCCGAAGUGCAAACACAGUUGUCAGUGGCCAGCUUAUUUCCUUUAUAAUCUGCUGUUCCAUAGAGCUGCCACAUGCUACCAUUGGUAUUAGCGUCCUAAACUCAUCAGAGCGCUCAACCUGUCUGGGUGUUUUUGUAACAACACCACCCCAGUCAAAUAGAAAUGUCAUGAAUUUCUACUGCCCCCUAUAUUUUUUCACAUUGUUUCUUUAAGAUUGUCACAGCUUGAAUGACCGCUACUUUGCCUGUACUUGAAAUGUUAAAACGAAAGCUGCCAUCAGUUACUGCAUGAAAAAACUGAUCACUCUAUUAGCAGUAUAAGAAAAGUCUUUCUCUUUCUCUCUCUCUCUCUCUCUAUAUAUAUAUAUAAUUUUUUUUACUUACUGGAAAACCUGAGGUUUAUACCGUAAAUUCAGAUUCCAGACUGAUGUACCACAUUAGACAAUGCAAUAGAAAAAUUAGAUCACUACACCAGCUCUCACAUAACUAGCAUUUGCAAAUAGGAUUCUGCAUAGAGAACAGGAAGAGCGUGGGAAGAGCAGAACUUUUUUUGGGGUUGGGGUGGGGUUGAGGUUUAUACCGAGGGUGGUCUCUCUCGUUCAGGAUUGUUUCACCCUCAUGGUGAAGAUUUGCAUCUAGUAACUAAUGCGUCGUUUUUAAUCAAACAUUUUUUACUAGGGGGAAAAAAAAAGCCAAAGUGUAUUGAACCUUUUUAUAUGACUUUCAUGUAAAACUGUGUGGAAUAAAUAGGACUUUUUUUAUCAUAAAAUUCACUAUAAAAGAAUGAGGAAAAACACAGAAAAAGAAGUAGCCAAUAUUAGUACAAUGUUAAUUAAAACACAAUCUUACAGCCUAAUUAUUCCACCUGGUUAACAACUUACAGUGUGUCUACACUACAGCAGCGAGCAUGGCCGCCCAACUAAGCAGACUUGUGCUAGCCCGGCUUGAGCUAGUGCACUAAAAAUAGCAGUGUGGGACAUUGUAGCUGGUCAACACUAUUAUUUUUAGCCAAGUUAGCGUGAGUCUGUCUACCCGGGUUGGGAGGCUCGCUGCCUGCUGCAGUCUAGACAUGCCAUUAGUCACUGCAGUUUGUGAGAUGAUAAAGUGAAGUCUUGGCAUAAUUGGGGGGGUUUUACCAUCAUUUAGUUAGAGCAAAGCUGACACCAUUACUUUCUCUACCAGACUGAAUCCAGUGUUGGCGUCUGACACAGUUUCUUCAUUAUUUUAUACAUUUAACCUCUUUUGCCUUCCAGAGUAAAUUUGCUACUAUAUUUGACGCUUUAUUCCAUCUCUUCCUGUGAGCAUAGUGACAGGAUGUCAGCUGGGUCUUUCUUUCUUUCUUUCUUGCAUGCAAAUUUGCAAUGAGCAUUUGAAUGUUUAAAACCACUUGUUUAAUGAAGGGUCUAUAAGGGGGAUGUGAAUGGUGAUGUUUGGGAAUCCCUGAUUGAGGCAUGAAAAUAACUGCAUUGGCAGAGUCAGUUCUGACCUGUGCAAGCAUUGGAAGUGAUGUGUUGGAAUAAAAAAGCCGUUUUAUUUUACUAUUUGUUAUGACUGAAUAAAAGGUUUUUCACUUGUA